CGCCUUUCCUCCCUUCGCGUCCGCCUCUUUUCUCUUUGGACUGAUCAAUGUUCCUACCCCCUUCUUUCUGCUCCCUUUACUCUCUGAAGUGGGUCAUACAGACCAGGGAUCUAUGAACCCGGGGGGCAUGAUGUUGAAUGGCAAUUCCCAGGUGAUCCUGGGAGAUUCCCGCCCCGGAUCCUUACCGUCGUCGACUCCAAUCUCAGCAUUCCAACCCCGCAAGCUACAGCCCUUCUGUGGCGAUGUGGAAGGCUGGGGCCCUAUCAGUCAGCUGCGAUUCGACCUGACGCCAUGCUUUCUUGACUUGACUUUGGCCAUCGUCGGCCUGUGGGGGGUGCUGAUGGGUGCCGGCGCGAUCUGGUUCUUGUUCCGAAAAAAGAUUCCCCAACCGGUAUCGACGAACUGGCAUUUCUUCGCCAAACUGGCCGUACUCGCCGCCAUUAUCUUCACCACCGCCCUCGAAGCGGCGCUGCAAAUCGAAACCUACACGCGUGUUUGGUGGAAUGAUAUCCGGUUCUGGAGCUCGAUCCUGGUGCUGCUUUCCCUGUGCGUGAUCUUCACCGUUCAAUACUACGAACACUGGAGAAGUCGACAGCCCAACGGGGUGGUUCUCUUCUACUGGCUUUUCUUCUGCGGCGCGUACGGCGUCAAACUGCGGUCGCUUGUCGAUCGGCACGCCUGGGAGGACCGACUGCCAUACUUUGUUAGCUUCAACGUGAGCUUGGGACUGGCGCUGGUGGAGUUCGUCUUGGAAUACUUGGUGCCGAAAAAGCAGAGUGACUACGAUGCUCUGGGCGAUGAGCAUGAAUGUCCCUACGAAUAUGCGGACAUUUUCUCCGUACUGAACUUUAGCUGGAUGACACCGAUGAUGAAGUUCGGAUACACCAACUUCCUGACCCAGGAUGAUCUGUGGAAUCUUCGCCCCGGCGACAGCACCCGCGCCACCGGAGGCAACCUGCAGGAGAGGUGGGACGAGGAACAGGAGAAGAAAAAGCCCUCCCUCUGGUUGGCUCUUUUCAAGGCCUUUGGAGGUCGCUAUAUGCAGGGUGCCAUGAUCAAAUGCGGAAGCGACGUACUCGCCUUCAUCCAGCCGCAGCUUUUGCGACUCCUCAUCGAGUUCAUCAACACGUACCGGACUCCCGAGCCCGAGCCAGUGAUUAGAGGUGUUGCCAUUGCGAUCGCCAUGUUUGUCGUUUCGGUGACCCAGACGAUGUGCCUCCACCAGUAUUUCCAGAGGGCCUUUGACGCCGGCAUGUACGUCAAGUCCUCGCUGACGGCUAUGAUUUACGCCAAGUCUUUGAGGCUGUCGGGCGAGGGUCGCGCUUCGAAAACCACGGGUGACAUUGUCAACCACAUGGCGGUGGAUCAGCAGCGACUGUCCGAUCUGACUCAGUUUGGCAUCCAGCUGUGGUCCGCGCCCUUUCAAAUUACCCUCUGCAUGCUGUCGCUCUAUCAGCUCGUCGGACCGAGUAUGUUCGCCGGUAUCGGGGUGAUGAUCCUCAUGGUCCCAUUCAAUGGAGCGAUCGCGCGGAUGAUGAAAAAGCUCCAACUGACCCAGAUGAAGAACAAGGACUCCAGGUCGCGUCUGAUGACGGAGAUUCUCAACAACAUCAAGAGCAUCAAACUCUAUGCCUGGAACACGGCGUUCAUGAACAAGCUCAACCACAUCCGAAACGACCUCGAGCUGAACACUCUUCGCAAAAUCGGAGCGACCCAGUCAGUUGCUAACUUCACAUGGCAGUCGACUCCUUUCCUAGUCUCGUGCUCUACCUUUACUGUCUACGUCCUCACGGAUUCCCGGCCUCUGACCACCGCCGUGGUCUUCCCUGCCCUGACUCUCUUCAAUCUCCUCACUUUCCCCCUGGCGAUCCUGCCCAUGGUUAUCACCUCCAUCAUCGAGGCCUCGGUUGCCGUCAAGCGAUUGACGGAGUACCUCAAUGCGGAAGAACUGCAGACCGACGCCGUGAAGUUUGAAGACCCUGUGGCUCACAUGGGCGACGAGUCGGUGCGCAUCUGCGAUGCCUCGUUCACCUGGAACAGAUAUGAGCCCACCCCCGUGAUCGAAAACAUCGACUUCAGUGCCCGCAAGGGCGAACUCAGCUGUAUCGUGGGUCGCGUCGGCGCCGGCAAGUCUUCUUUCCUGCAAGCGCUCCUGGGAGACUUGUGGAGAACCGAAGGUGAGGUCGUCGUACGUGGUCGUGUCGCAUACGUUGCGCAGUCGUCCUGGGUCAUGAAUGCCAGCGUUCGUGAGAACAUUGUUUUCGGACAUCGGUGGGACCCUGAGUUCUAUGAUCUCACUGUCAAUGCGUGUGCUUUGCGUGACGACUUCAAAUCCCUGCCGGACGGCGAUCAAACAGAAGUCGGAGAGAGAGGAAUCUCACUUUCCGGAGGACAAAAGGCCCGUUUGACGCUGGCAAGAGCCGUGUAUGCCCGUGCCGAUAUCUACCUGCUCGAUGACGUCCUCUCCGCGGUCGAUCAACACGUGGGACGACAUCUCAUCAACAAGGUCCUUGGCCGCGAUGGUAUUCUGAGCACCAAGACGAGAAUCCUCGCAACGAACGCUAUUCCGGUCCUCAAAGAGGCGGACUUUAUCGGUCUACUACGCAACAAGACUAUCAUCGAAAAGGGUACCUACGAGCAGCUGAUCGCCAUGAAGGGCGAGAUAGCCAACCUUAUCCGUACGACCAUGAACGAUUCCGACGAGGAUGAGGAUUCGACCAGUGAUGACCACGGCCUGGCUAGCCCGGAAAGCUCGGAAUCUGCUACCGUCAUCGAUAACCCGGAGUCCGAGAACACGGAUACAGACGAGGCCGAGCAGCAGUUGGGAACGAUUGCUCCGAUCAGAGUGGGUCAGCAACGGAGGGCCAGCGGCACGACCUUACGGCGUGCUAGCACGGCGACCUGGCACGGACCCAGGCGCAAGAUCUCGGAUGAAGAAAACGUGUUGAAGACCAAGCAGUCCCAGGAAACUUCUCAGCAGGGUAAGGUGAAAUGGAGCGUCUACGGCGAGUACGCCAAGAACAGCAAUAUUGUCGCGGUCGCUUUCUACAUGCUCGCGCUCUUGGGUGCUCAGACGGCGCAAGUUGCCGGUAGUUUUUGGCUCAAGCAUUGGACAGAGGAGAGCGAAUUUCAGCUACAUCCUAGUAUUGGUAAAUUCAUUGGAGUCUAUCUGGCAUUUGGUUUUGGAUCCUCCAUCUUGGUCAUUGUCCAGAACCUCAUCCUAUGGAUCUUCUGCUCGAUCGAGGCCUCCCGCAAGCUGCACGAGCGGAUGGCUUUCUCGAUCUUCCGUUCUCCCAUGAGCUUUUUCGAGACUACGCCGUCUGGUCGCAUUCUCAAUCGGUUCUCUAGUGAUGUAUAUCGAAUUGAUGAGGUACUUGCGCGCACGUUCAACAUGUUGUUUGGAAAUUCCGCCAAAGCACUGUUUACUAUGCUGGUUAUCGCAUCUUCGACCCCCGCGUUUAUCUUACUGGUGAUCCCCCUGGGGUAUAUCUAUUUGAGUUAUCAGAAGUACUAUCUCCGAACGUCGCGAGAAUUGAAGCGUCUGGACAGUGUUUCUCGAAGCCCGAUCUUUGCGCACUUCCAGGAGUCUCUUGGCGGUGUGUCAACUAUCCGCGCAUACCGGCAGGAAGAGAGGUUCAUCCUCGAGAACGAAUGGCGCAUGGAUGCGAAUCUCCGUGCAUACUUUCCCUCCAUCAGCGCGAACAGAUGGUUGGCUGUCCGUUUGGAGUUCAUUGGCUCGAUCAUUAUCCUGGCUUCCGCGGUACUUUCAAUCAUCUCCGUGGCGAGUGGCAGCGGACUAUCUGCAGGCAUGGUCGGUCUGGCAAUGUCGUAUGCGCUCCAGAUCACCCAGUCCCUCAACUGGAUCGUCCGACAGACGGUGGAAGUGGAAACGAACAUUGUGUCGGUCGAACGUGUCCUUGAGUACGCCAACCUGCCCAGUGAGGCACCUGAGGUGAUCUUCAAGAACCGCCCGGCCAUCGGCUGGCCAGCGCAAGGCGCCGUGUCCUUCAACAACUACAGCACCCGCUACAGGCCCGGAUUGGACCUCGUGCUCCGCGAUAUCAACCUGGACAUCAAGCCUCACGAGAAGAUCGGCGUUGUUGGACGCACUGGUGCCGGAAAGAGCUCGCUUACGCUGGCGCUGUUCCGUCUCAUCGAACCGACUGGGGGGAACAUCAGCAUCGAUAAUCUAAAUGUGUCUACGAUUGGGCUGUUCGACCUCCGAGGCCGUCUGGCUAUCAUCCCGCAGGACCCUGCCAUGUUCGAGGGUACCAUCCGAGAUAAUCUAGACCCGCGACACGUGCAUGACGACACGGAACUUUGGAGCGUUCUCGAGCAUGCACGUCUGAAGGACCACGUUGCGCAGAUGGACGGCCAGCUCGAUGCCCGAGUCCAAGAAGGAGGAUCCAACCUCAGCCAAGGCCAGCGCCAGCUAGUUUCGCUCGCGCGGGCGUUAUUGACGCCCAGCAACAUCCUUGUGCUAGACGAAGCAACGGCGGCGGUGGACGUGGAAACAGAUGCGUUGUUGCAACGCACGUUACGCAGUAGCAUCUUCUCGGAGCGCACCAUCAUCACGAUCGCGCAUCGCAUCAACACGAUCAUCGACUCAGACCGCAUCGUUGUACUCGACAAGGGGCGCGUGGUCGAGUUUGACACCCCCGCCGAGCUGAUCAAGCAAGGCGGUAAAUUCUACGAGCUAGUGCGCGAGGCCGGUCUGCUCGACAGCGACGGAAGCGCGCCUGCACAGUGAGUAACAACUGGGGGCAAGUAGCUUGCGGCACAGCCGAUCGCAGCUGGCGUGCGGCUGGUGGGUGUGGACGUGGGAUGGAUGACUGGCUGGCUGGGCUCUGGGUCCGCCAU